AUGGCCUCAGUGAACACCUCCUUCGGCACCCAAUCUCCUCCUCUCGAGUCCACACCUGGCGGCGAACAGCCCCUCGGUGUCUCAUCCAUUCGUGGCGACAAGCCACAAGGCGUCCCUGAUCGGGAGCAGCGUAAAGGCUAUUUCAAGGACGAGUCGACUUCUGCAACUCAGCAGUCAGGCAGCACUGAAAGCGAGUUCAUGGCACCUCAGAAGGUUGGGAAGGUCAAGCAAGAUUGA